AGAAGAAUUCUUCGUAGUUGUCAAAAAUGAUUGAAAUUGUAUUGUUUGGGUUAAAAGCGAAAGUAAAUACAAAGAAAAAACUUUUUUAUUAGUUAAUACUUUUUAGAAAUAAAUAAUAAAGAAUAUUUCUCAAUAAAAUCUAAAUAAAAGUUAAAGUUAAAAUAAAAAAUCGCUAAAACUUUAAUUGAGUUAGUUGAAGAUAUGAGUGUGAAAAUAGAGGAGUGUAGUAGUGAUGGUGAAUUUAUGAGUACUGAUUAUUUGAAAUCUAAGAUUCAAGGAGAUCACAUAUUACCUACUAGAUCGAAAGAAAUAUACCAAAGAGCAUACAAUGAUUUCAUAUCUUGGUGUAUAAGUAACAAUGUCAAUAAUUGUUCAGAAAAAACACUAUUAGAAUAUUUUGCUGCGAAAUCAAAAAUUUUGAAAGCUUCUUCCAUGGUAACCGUAUAUUCUAUGUUGAAAUCAACUUUACAGUUAUAUCAUAAAACAGAUAUUAGUAAGUUUUCAAAAUUGCUUGCAUAUUUAAAAAUACAAUCCAAUGGUCACAGUCCUAAAAGAACAAAAAUUUUGACAAAAAAUCAAGUAUUGGCAUUUUUAACAGAAGCUCCAGAUGAGAAGUAUUUAAUGGUGAAGGUUGCACUUAUUUUUGGCAUUGCUGGUGGGCGAAGUAGAGAGCUUACUGAUUUAAAGGUAGAUGACAUUCAGGACUUGGGAACAUCUUUAUUAGUGAUAAUCAGAGAAUCUAAUUCACAUAUUAAAAGGUCUUAUAAUAUUUUUAAUGAUAAAGGCUGGCCUAUAGAUUUUUUGGAUAUAUUUAGAAAAUAUGCAUCUUUAAGACCAAAAAACAUUGAGCAUAGGCGAUUUUUUAUAUAUUAUGACCAAGGAAAAUGUUCGAGACAAGUCGUAGGAAAAAAUACAUUUGGGCAGUUACCUAAAAAAAUAGCCAAUUUUCUUAAUUUACCAGAUCCUGGAGCAUAUACCGGUCAUUGUUUCAGAUACUGUUCAGCAAGUUUUAAGCGUACAAAUGAUGCAAUAUCAUCCAAUGAUCCACAUGAACACCUAUCAGUUAUUAAAGAUCUUCCUACUUUAGAAAAAGAAUUGCAUUCAUCAAUCAAGAUUGAACAAGAUAAUGAUGAUUCCAGUUAUGAUUUUGAAGGUUUGGAUAUGCCAGAGGAAGAUCGUUAUGUGGAAAUCUCAAGUUUAAAAAAACAACAGACUGAAAAUUUAUCCAAACAAGAAAAAAUACAUAUUUCAGAUAUUAAAAAUUCUGAUGAAAUUUCAGUUUAUGGAGAAUUGUUAAUGAUAAAACUUAGAAAAAUGGAUACUGCUACAAGAAUUAUGGUUUGCAAUAAAAUUGAUAAUCUGAUUUCUCAGACAGAAAUGGCAUUGUUGAAUAAAAGUUUACCAGAGAUUCAGUCGACAUCUUCUUCACAAUAGAUAUCAAGUUUCAGUAGAUACCUAAACACUUUUGAACUGAACUGAACUUUUCUUUGAUGUGGGAGUUAUUGUAUAUUUUUUGUAAAUGACUCAUAAUAAAUCAUAAUAAGUUUUAUCUCGGACAGAACUAUGGUGAUUCCAUAUAAAAGCAGAGAUAUUUACGUUUUGUGUUUUCUAAGUGUUCAAUUCUAUCUGUGACCUAUUUCCAAAGAGCUUUUUAGAAAAAAAUUGUAUAAAUAUAUAUUUAAAUUCGUUUAGAAUCUUAAAAUGGAAUAAAAUUUGUGUGAGGUGAUAGCAAUAACCUACCCAAAAUAAACGCAUAAACAUCCAACAUCUAUCAAUAAUAUGUAAUAUAUCACCAUUUUUUUCUUUUUGCAUCGAUAGCACGUUGUCUUUCCUGACAUUCUAUGUCAAGUACAGUUCUUCAAGUUUCAAGGCAUAAGUACUUCUGGAGUAGAUGCUGCAUCAGACAACUGUCUUUUCUGAUUUUCUUGAUAAAGGUUGGUUAAGUUUCAUCUGCUAAAAAUAUCUUCCAGCUGAAGCCAAUACGUGAUCUUCACGCAAAAAAAUUCAUUGAGUUGAGGUUGGCUGGGAGAAUUGUAAACGAUUUUGUCAUGAUUUGAAGUCACAAAGAUGUAAUAUCUUACUUUAUAAAAUGUAGAGUUUGCAAUUCUUAAAACCUAUUUAAUUUAUGAUAUACUUAAAUAUACAUUUGUUUUUGAGAAAAAACCAUUUUGUAGUUAUCCCGCAGUCUUUACAACUACCCCUUAAAGUACGGGGAAUAUGAAAAUUAAGACGAAUAUAUUUCUAAGUCUCAGGGGAAAAUUUAAACAAAGAUAUUAAGUAUUUAAAGUAGAUAUGAGGAUACUUCUUACAUGUUUACAUUUACCGCCUCGCGCAUGACGUCUCGCUGGAAUCAGAAUGUUUUCUUGGCCAUUAAGAUUAUAUAUUUUUUUGUGUUUAGCGGCUAUUAUAGAGUUUACCUAACUGUUACUUUUCUUUUAAAAUAUUGUUCUUUUUAUUAUGAGAUCAUAAUGCCGUGGCUAUAUGCAAAAAUACUAAUCGAAAUACCAAUCAAACGGGUAUCGAAUACUUUGGUUUGCAAAAAAAGACUUAAGCAGUGGACAGGACCCUGGGCUCGAGAGGCUAAAAUCAAUUUAAAAUAUGAUAAAUGUAUGUUGUUAAUCACAAAAUGUCAUCCAAUUCCUAAAACGGUUUCAGUUUGGUUAUAUUUAUAUACGAUAUCCUUUAUUUAUGUGAUAUUUAUUUUAGAUCGUGUUUGUUAAUUUCGAAGAAGAUAGUUCCAUAUAAUGCAAAGUGUUUAGGUUUAAAACAUUGUUUAUUUACAUAUAUAUGGACCGCUCAAAGAAAUAAAUAAAAUAUACCCAUAAUAUAUCUGAAACAAUAUUAUUAAAUUAUAUAAUUUCAUAAUUUUGCUAAUCGUAUUGUUAAUAGUCUCUUAUUCCACGGAACAGGCAGGAAAUUAUAUUCCUUGUAAACCGCACGCAACCUUGAGAACGGGAAAUUUAACUGGCAAAUUCAAUCACCAUAUAAAUAAUACCUAUAUAGACAUGUCUGCAUCAAAUAUUAUUUUUGGAAUCAAAAUAAAACUUUAUUACAGGUAUACAACAUACAUUAUUCUAUUUUGAUUGCAACGUGACGUCACAUUAUGCGACAAAGAUAGCGCGUGCCUGCCCUUAAGCAUACCGGUGUAUGUGUAUCAUGAUAGAGACUGUUGGUUACCAAAAGAGGGUUCGAUUAACGGCGGACUCAUACAUAUAUACAUAUUCUCCUCUUAAUUGGAUACAUUUCUUACUGCAACGUCUCUAGACCUUUAAAAAAAA